AUGGCGCUGUUCGACCGGAACCAGCGGCAGCGGUCGCCCUUCUGCUCGACGGCGACCUUCGUCGCGUUCGUCGCGCUGUGCCUCCUCGGCCUCUGGGUGGCGUCCUCGCCGGAGGCCGUCCCGGCGGCCAUCUCGCUGGCGUCCGCGGAGAAGCAGGCCGCCGCCGCCAAGGCCGACGUCAAGGAGGAGGACAGCUCCAUCGACGCCACCAACACCGUCAAGCAGGGCAGCGCCAACGUCGUCGCGGCGACCGGGGACGCCAAGGGAGACCAGGCGUCGGCCAGGGACCAGACGUUCGACGACGAGAACGGCAGGACGGAGGGCGGGGACCUCGUCAAGCCCGGGAGCGGCGGCGACACGGACGGCGCCGCGGGGAAGGGCGCCGAGGAGGCGGCCGCGGAGACCGACGCUAAUAAUAAGGACGCAACGGGUGGCCUGGACCAGGCGGCGACCGACGCCAAGGAGAGCGCCGAGCAGGCGGUGGCGGCGGCGAAUGACGCGAAGGAGAGCGGCGCCGCUGUGACGGACCGCGGCACGCCCAAGAACCUGACCUUCGAGUUCGACGACGAGAACGGGAAGAUGGACGGCGUCGACCUGGUCAAGGACGACGGCAACAAGACCCGCAUCUCGGAGGAGAGCGCCAAGGUCGAAGGAGCCGCGCUGACGGUGAAGCCGGUGGCCAAAUCGGCGGCGACCUCGGACACUGACGCCGCCAAUACGGCGGCGUCCACGACGACGAGUUCCGAAGAGGAAAAGGCGGAGGCCCUGCCGACCGUUCAGGCGGAGCUGCUCACGGAGCGCGCGGCGCAGAACGGGUCGUUCACGACGCAGGCCGCGGAGUCCACGGAGGAGAAGAAGAAUCGCGCCGAGACGAAGAAGAAGAAGGGCAAGAAGGGGAAGAAGAAGGCGGCCGGCGGCUCGGCGGCGUCGGCGUCGUCGGCAUCGGCGUGGAAGCUGUGCAACUCGAGCGCCGGCGCAGACUACAUCCCGUGCCUGGACAACGAGGCGGCCAUCAAGAAGCUCAAGACGGACAAGCACUACGAGCACCGGGAGCGGCACUGCCCCGCCGAGGCGCCGACGUGUCUGGUCCCGGCGCCGCCAGAGUACCGGGACCCGAUCCGGUGGCCCCACAGCCGCGACAAGAUCUGGUACCACAACGUGCCGCACACGGGGCUGGCGGAGUACAAGGGCCACCAGAACUGGGUGAAGGUCUCCGGCGAGCACCUGACGUUCCCCGGCGGCGGGACACAGUUCAAGCACGGCGCGCUGCGGUACAUCGACCUGAUCCAGGGCGCGCUCCCGGCGGUGGCGUGGGGCCGGCGCAGCCGCGUGGUGCUUGACGUCGGCUGCGGCGUGGCCAGCUUCGGCGGGUACCUGUUCGACCGCGACGCGUUGACCAUGUCGCUGGCGCCCAAGGACGAGCACGAGGCGCAGGUGCAGUUCGCGCUGGAGCGCGGCAUCCCGGCCAUCUCCGCCGUGAUGGGCACCCAGCGCCUGCCCUUCCCCGGCAACGUCUUCGACGUCGUGCACUGCGCGCGGUGCCGCGUGCCGUGGCACAUCGACGGCGGCAUGCUCCUCCUCGAGCUCAACCGCCUGCUCCGCCCCGGCGGCGUCUUCGUCUGGUCCGCCACGCCGGUCUACCAGAAGCUCCCGGACGACGUCGAGAUCUGGGACGAAAUGGUGAAGCUGACGAAGGCCAUGUGCUGGGAGAUGGUGGCCAAGACCAUGCACACCGUCGACGACCAGGUCGGCGUCGCCAUCUUCCGGAAGCCGGUGAACAAUGGCUGCUACGAGAAGAGGGCGCAGAAGGAGCCGGCGCUGUGCGAGCCCUCCGACGAUCCCAACGCAGCAUGGAACAUAAAGCUGCGGGCGUGCAUGCACCGUGUGCCGGAGGACCCGUCGGUGCGCGGAGCCCGGUGGCCGGAACCGUGGCCGGCGAGGCUAGGGAAGGCGCCCUAUUGGCUGGACAGCAGCCAGACGGGCGUGUACGGCAAGCCGGCGCCGGAGGACUUCGCGGCGGACCUGGCGCACUGGAGGAAGGUGGUCCGGAGCUCGUACCUCACCGGCACGGGCAUCGACUGGAAGACCAUUCGGAACGUCAUGGACAUGAGGGCCGUCUACGGCGGGCUCGCCGCGGCGCUGCGGGAGAUGAAGGUGUGGGUGAUGAACGUGGUGACCAUCGACUCGCCGGACACGCUGCCGGUGAUCUACGAGCGCGGCCUGUUCGGGAUCUACCACGACUGGUGCGAGUCCUUCAGCACCUACCCGAGGUCCUACGACCUCCUCCACGCCGACCACCUCUUCUCCAAGCUCAUGCCCAGGUGCAAGGUGUUGCCGGUGGUCGUGGAGGUGGACCGGAUCCUGAGGCCGAACGGCAAGCUCAUCGUGCGGGACGACAAGGCGACGGUGGACGAGAUCCAGAGCGUGGUGAGGUCGUUGCAGUGGGAGGUCAGAAUGACCGUGUCCAAGAACAAGGAGGCGAUGCUGUGCGCGAGGAAGACGACGUGGCGGCCCACUGAAGUCGAGACCAGAUGA